GAGCCUCGCUUGACAGCGUAGUAGCGCACGAACGCGGCAGUAGCGCGACUUCCUGUUUGAAGUGCACGUUUCAACAAAGAGUGACUGUUUUGUAAAAAGUUUUUCUACAAAUCCGCAUAUGAUGGAGGAUGCUACAGCAGGGAAGUUUAUCUUACAGGUUCAGGAAUACAAGGACUCUCUUAAGACUAAGGCAGAAGAACUACUGGUGAAAGGAUUCCCUGAAAAAAUAGUUAAAUUAAAUGAGCUGCUGGAGACGCCUGGAUUCUGUAAUCGAAAACUAUCUGAUGUACAUCAAGAAUUGAAUGUACCCAUUCCAGAUCCAAUAAUUCUUAAUCAUUCCGAAGAUGGUCCUGCUACAAAGAAGGCUAAAUUGGACAAUAAUGUGGAGCAGACUAGUGGGACUAAAGUCAUGAUACUGCCAAAUGGUCCCAUUCCCUGCAACAAAAAGCUAUGUGAUUUGAUCCACAUAGUUAAACCCUACAUUAGACAACUAUUGGAGGAUUCAAACUUACUCAAAAUGUGGAUUUCUUACCUGAUUCCAAAAAUCGAGGAUGGGAAUAAUUUUGGCGUGUCAAUCCAGGAAGAUACAUUAUCCGAGAUUCAGUCGGUCGAGAGCGAAGCCGCUGCAUUCUUUGAUCAAAUUUCGAGGUAUUUUAUCUCGAGAGGGAAGAUCGUUAGCAAAGUUGCAAAAUAUCCACACAUCCUAGACUAUAGAAGAGCGAUCCAAGAAUUGGACGAGAAGGAGUAUGUGAGCUUAUGGCUCGUUAUGUGCGAGGUCCGCAAUCGUUACUGCUCGUUACACGAUCUUGUAAUCAAGAAUCUGGAGAAGAUCAAACGGCCACGUUCCUCCAACGCGCAGUCCUUGUACUAGGCAUAGUCGUGCUACGCGCUGUACUUACGCGCGAAGUAACUUAAUAAAAACAUAAGUCAGAAUCGCGUAUUCAGACGUAAAAAUGCGCAACACUUCAUGGCAGAAAAAAAAAAUAAAAAAAGAGAAAAAAUAAAGCUCAUCGCCAUCGACAUGACUCAAACUGCCUUGUAUUAGUCCAUCAUUCGUUUUAUCGACUAAUGGCACUAUAAAUGAAAUCAACGGCUACAUUUAAACCUUUUAAAAUUGUAGAGAAUAUUUAACUUAUUGAUAUACUUAAGUUUAUUUUCCGGCUAUUCUCGUUAUCGACAUAAAAGACAUGUACUUUUUAGUAUAAUUUUCUCAUCAAUGAAAGCAAUUUGGUAAUUACUUUCAAGAUUAUCGCACUUUAUCCUCCAAAUUUCAUCGUGAAUUUAAUUUUUUAUUUUUGUGAAAUAUUUAACUAUCGAUUUGAAUAUGCCUAUAAAUGUCUUAUUCUUUUCCACAUAAGUUUUGUUGCAAAAUUAUACGGUAUAGCACGCUUGCAUGUAAUUUUGCCAAUUAUAUAAAUGAGGCACUUAUAGAAAAAAUAAGCAAGUCACAUCACACACAUACACAUACAUACACAUACAUACACAGAAUUUAGUAUAGUUAAGUGGAUCGUUUGUAAUUUAUAUCUGUAAGAAGAUUGGACAUAAAUCGAGCUACGAUGAAU